AAAGAACGGACCUAAUAUUAACAAUAUUAAGGUUGGAAGUCCUGAAAAGGACAUAUUCGAUUUGAAACGAUCUGUCAGCAUUUAAAAGUUCGAUAAUCUCAGUCGUGCGAAUUUCUGAGGAUUUCAAUUUAUAUUUCUAACGCGAGUGUGGUGUUCGCGAAGAGAUAUUUUAUCGACAGCAAUAUCAAAGUCGGAUCGGCUGAAGUCUCGUGGUGGAAAUCGGUGAUCGAAUAAUAUUCAGGAAAAAUUUAAGUUUCGUCGAGUUAUUGAGCGAACGUUUCUUUCCGAUCGCGUCGAUUUAUCUCACGAUGGAGCAAGUAAAACGAAGUGUGCCGAACGAAGUGCAAAAGUGUGAGAGCCCGUUAACGCGCACGAAUCCCUGGAUUCGUGGAACUCCGAUGAAGCAGAAUGAUGUCUGCUUAAAACGCCCGACAUUUCAGAACACCGUGUGCAUGCCGUUUUCCGCCCUACCGAGUCACAUCACUCCGCCGUCCAAGUUAAGAAGGUUCAUUACCAAAAAUCCGUUCGAGCCUGAUCUGAUUAACAGAUUACACCUGUCCACGAUCAGUCCGACCGUGUUCAGCAAGGUCACUUUGCAUGCAGACGCUCUGUUCCCAGCCCUAUGCGACAGUCGACAGAAUUUACAUGGAGCAUAGAUGAGUUAGCUAUUAUGCAACCAGUAAGGAUUGAGGAGUCUCCAAUGCAACAGGUGCAUUCUCCAGAUCCAGAAUUGGAGGUGAAGGCACAGGCAGCUAUAGAUAGGUUCUUUAAGCAGAAUCAAAUCAUUCCUAGUCCCUGGGAUACCAGGCAGAAAGGAAACAAACCAUUUACAUGUAUGAACACUCCAAAAUCUUCAAACGAUAGGAGUUCGCCCGAUGAACUUUCCAAGACGACAAAAGACGCCUGGAGUCAAACGGUAUUAUCUCUCCCUCUGGAUUUGCCACAGAAUGUGGAAGAAGUUUUGAAGCCAUUCCUUACUUUUACUCAGGAACAAAAUACAGAUGACGACGAUGUAAAUCUGAGCAACAAUUCAUUGAGAAGAAAAUUAUUUUUUUGUCAUGAUGAAUGUACUGACAAUGAAAAUGAAAGUUUCAUAUCGUUGUCACCAGUUAAAAUGAAUGAAUCUAUGGUGUUGUCUUGCAGCCCUCCUCAGAGUGGUAUGUUUGUUCAUGGCACACCAUUAAAGUUCCAGAGAUUGUUACAAGCUAAGCGGCAAAGCAAUGGAUCAUCUGUGAUAUCUGAAAAUUUAUCACCAUCUAAUAUGUCUCCGAUACACAAUGAGAACGAUAGGCUGUUUGAAAGAAUUGAAUUUUGUUCUCGUUCGGCUAGUCGACUAAGUUUCUCGAUGGAUAUGAGCAUAGAUGGUAUCGAAAGAAAAAAUCAAAACUUCAUUAAUGGUUAUCAUUCGUUGGAUGCAUCCGAUAAGGAAAAUGAUGUAAAACAUACUGAAGAUAAUGAUAAAUUGAUAAAUAUGAAUAAUGAUAAAGCAGAUGCAUGUGAGUCUGUUAAUACGGAAGAAUUACAAAAAUGCAUAAAUUCAAUUAGCAAUAUUGAAUCUUCUAACGUUACCAUAUUUUAUGAUAAAGAACAUAACAAUGAAAUAAAUUUGAAAAUCACAGAAAUGACAAACUUUGUACACGAGAGACAUAAACGAAGUAACAUAAUAUCUGGCGCGUUUGAUCAACAAAGUAUCUCAAACUCAAUUCAAGAUACUGGUUAUCAAACUUACAGUAUGAAUAGUAGUACAAUGCAUACAAUAGAUAAUUACAAUACUUCAAAUCAGAAAACACAUUUGAAUGAAAAAAUAAUGACGCCCAAGGAUAAUACUCAGCUAUCUUGGAGAGAGAACAUAAGAAACGUAUUUAGUUCCACACCUUCUAAACAUGAUAAAGAAAGUGGAAAUUAAAUAUAGCUAUUAAAUUAAAAAAAAA